GUUCUAUCAGUGAUAUGUUUCUAUCAGCUUGAAGGAUGUUUUACUUUGUUUAUGUUGGAUUGUUAUUAUAUGUUUGUAUCACUGAUAUGUUUGGGGGAUGUUUAGUUCAUUGGGUUGAUGUGUUUGUUGUAAUUUUAAUAGAUGGAUAAGAAAAAAAAUAUUAUGGAAAGCGAACCAAAUGAAAAAUGUGCAAAAAGAGUCUCAACACAUGAAGCUUCAUCAAGCAAAAAGAAGAUAAAAAAAGAGAAGGGAAAACAAUUAAUUAUUCCCAAAGAAAUGUGGAAGUCAACCUUAAGAAUCACUGUGUACUGUAAUCUACAAACUUCUGACCAUAUUAUCGAAAGUUUAUCACCUAGUUGUCUAGACUUGUUUAAAGAAGGACCAUUUGGGCACUUGUUAAAUUUAAAAAUGACAAAAAUACCUUUACAACUAUUAGCACACUUGAUUAGAAGACAAUGUGUCUCAACGGACAACAAUGUUCUUCUUUUCAACAUCGAAGGUAACAUUGUGGAGUUUGGACUGCGAGAUUUUUGUUUGAUUACAGGAUUAAAUUGUGGUGAAUAUCCUAUAGAAGAUGUUUUAGAUGCAACGGAAGAAAAUGAGUCUAUGGUUAAACAAUUGUUUUUUAGAAAUAACACUUCCAUUAGUAGACAAGAAUUGAAGACUGCUUUUAACUAUCACUGUAAAUACUGCACCGAUGAAGAAGAGCUAGUAAAAUUAGCCAACCUUUACUUCUUGUACAAUGUUUUAAUUCCUAAACAAAAUCACAAUAUGUUGGAUUUAAAACAUGUAAAGAUGUUGGAUGAUAAAGAGAAGUUUAGGAAUUAUCCUUGGGGAAGGUUGUGCUUCAGUCUUACAAAGCAAUUCAUUCAAAAUGCGGUGAAAUCCAAAAGAAAGUCUAAGAACUUAGAAACAGAAUCUAAAGCGUGUGCCUUUCUACAAGGCUUCCCUAUGGUUCUAGCUUACUGGGCAUACGAAAUACUUCCUCAACUUGCUAGUGGGUAUGUGACAAGAAUAGGGAAAGGGUGUCCAAGAAUAUUAAAUUGGGAAUCCAGUGAACAACUCGAUUGGCAAGAUCUUGAAGAUAACAUCUUUCUGGAAAAAAAUCUAUCUGUGGUCCCCAUUGUUGCAUCAGAAGAAGAAAUGAAAUCUGAGUACUUCAGAUAUUUUUUGGAAUUAGAAAAUGAUAAAUUGGAUGAAGAAGCAUGUGCUAUGAAGGAAAGCAAUAUGGCAAAAAGAAUAUCUUCUUUACAUGAAGAUAUUCAAGAUUUAAAAAAACAGCACAAAGAAGAUUUAGAGUGCUUGAAGAAGGGACAAGAGGAGAUUGUUCGUUUGUUACUUUCAUUGACAGAAGUGGUAAAUCAAAGACUUUCGCACAAAUGUGAAAGUGAAAAACAAUCUCAAGAGCCCUUGGAAAAGAAUCCUCCUCCACCAAUAAGUUUAGAAAUGAUUGAUGCUGAUGUUGAUAAAGAGAAAGAGAUUGAAGAUAAUGAGGAAACCGAGGAAGAUGAUAAUCAUCGUGAAAAUAAGUCAAAAAUGGUGCAUGACACAUCAAACAAAGUGAAGGUUGUUCAAGAAAAGGCAAAAGUGAAAAUUAUGGAAAUAGCGACGAAUAUUGAAAAAGCUAGGCCGAAGAGACAACCUAAACCAUCAAAGAAAGUGUUGGAGAAUGUGAAAGAACAAAAGAAUGUAAGAGGCAAGAAGAAUGAUUCUCCAAAACCAACAAGAUAUUCUCCUAGAAUAAGGGAUCUAGCACCUAGUUUUGAUUUGCAAAUCUCUCAAUUAUAA